CUAUGCUGACAGGAAGGAAGAUCAAGCGAACCCGCAGUGCAGGAAGGGGUGAGGAGCAAACUGAAAGACAGAAAAAGCCACUAGGCUGGAAACGGUGGUGUUGGGUGUCUGGGGAAUCCAGACCCCCCUUCCCCAGGUGCUGCCCGAAUCAUCAGCCAUUGGAUCCCAUCACCUCUGCAGGUCCCCCAGGGGCAGGGGCCGUCAGCUGGAUGGGCUUCAAUUUUCUACCUUGAACCUGAGCAUCCAGGCGAGGAGGAAGCAAAGCUCCAGGGAUAAAGGGCUGAGCCGGGGCACGGACGGGCUGCAGCCUCCUGCUACAAUGGAGAUGCCCUCUCUUCUCUCCUGCUACCAUGCAGACCUGGUGAGGGCGGCACGAGGCCAAGGAACGUGGAUAAAGGCUGGGGAAACUCAGCUGGUGCUGUGAGCAUCUGUGGGGACACAGGGUGGUCCAUGGGACAGCUGUGCUGCUGCCAACACAGUGCUCCUCACCCAGGGAUCACCCAUGUCACGGGAGGCCUCUGAUGGAAGAGGCUUGGAUCAACCGCUACCGCAAGCAGCUAGUGAGGUCCAUCUCGCCACGGUUCCUGGAGAAGAUCAUCUGCUACCUGUGGAGGCUGGACUUCCUCACAGCGGAGGAGGCCAGCCGGGCGCAGGAGGCGAGCUCCCUGCCCGAGCAGAACGUGUGGUGCAGAAGCACCUGGAGAGCCUCCAGAGCUACUAUGGGAAUGGCUUGGACACAGGUCCCCUCCAGCGACUCACAAACCUGCUGCUGGUGGAAGGCUUGACUGAUAUCCAGCAGAAGGAGCAUGACAUCCUGCAGAUUGAAGCUACCAAAGGCUUACGAAGUGUAUCUAAGAGCAUCUCUCUGGAGAAGCUCUUCCUGCCUCUCUCCAAGCUCAGCAUCCCACCUCGGAUCUCUGUCACCAUCGGAGUGGCCGGGAUUGGCAAAAGCACACUUGUGAAGCUGUUUGUCUACACCUGGGCAAAAGGGGAGAUCAACAGGGACAUCAUCUUUGUGCUGCCGCUCACCUUCCGGGAGCUCAACACCUAUGAAAAGCUCUCUGCUGAGAGGCUUAUCUGCCUGGCAUUCCCUCACAUCGCUGAGCCAAACUGCAUCUCGGCAGGAGCUGCCAGGACCCUCCUGAUCCUUGACGGCUUGGAUGAGUUCAAAACGCCUUUGGAUUUUUCCAACACGGUAGUAUGCACCGACCCCAAAAAAGAGAUCCAAGUGGACAACCUGAUCACCAACAUUAUACGUGGCAACCUGCUGCAGGAGGCUUCUGUCUGGGUCACAUCACGGCCAACAGCAGCCAGCCAAAUCCCUGGUGGGCUUGUUGACCGGAUGACAGAAAUACGAGGUUUUCGAGCAGCAGAGAUGAAGGAUUUCUUGGACCAGAUGUUCCUUGACAACAGAGACCUGUCCAGCCAAGUCCUGCAUCACAUCAGGGCUAACAGGUCAUCACACAUCCUGUGCACUGUUCCUGGCUUUUGCUGGAUUUAUGGCUCUUCAAUCGGUUAUUACCUAAAAAAUAGCACCAAUCAAUCCCAAGAAACAACCGUUGUCCCCAGGACCCUAUCAGAAAUCUACUCCUAUUAUUUUAAAAUGGCUCUGAGCAGCGACUGGCCAGAAAAGCCAAGAGAAACGCUCAGGAUUGAGCAGGCUGUGAACAACAGCAAGAAGAUAGUGGGCAGCCUGGGCAGACUGGCCUUCUAUGGGCUGCUCAAAAAGAAAUACGUGUUUUACGAGCAGGACAUGAAGGCGUACGGCAUUGACCUUGUCUUGCUGCAGAGCAGCUUGUGCAGUCGCCUCCUGCUCAAAGAAGAGACGCCGUCCUUCACAGCCUACUGCUUCUCCCACUUAACCAUACAGGAGUUUCUAGCGGCUAUUUAUUAUUACACGGCUGCCAAGCGGGCAAUAUUUGACCUCUUCACUGAGAGCGGGAUGUCCUGGCCCAAGUUGGGGUUCCUCAACCACUUCAAGAGCGCUGUUCAGAGGUCACUGCAGGCAGAGGACAGGCAACUGGACGUCUUUGUGCGUUUUCUCUCUGGGCUCCUCUCCCCGCAGGUGAACAAGCUGCUCUCUGGGUGGCUGUUGGUGAAGGACGAGCACAACAGCUUCAGGAACCAAGCGAUCAGCUUCCUCCAGGGCUGCCUGAACACCAACUAUGUCAUCUCCUUGCGGACAGUGAACACCAUGCACUGCCUGUAUGAAAUUCAGCACAUGGAGAUCGCUAAGGCUGUGGAAGAAGCAAUGAAGAAUGAGAGCCUUGCUGGGAUGCUCACCCCUGUGAACUGCUCUGCCCUGGCUUAUCUCCUGCAGGUCUCUGAUGUCUGUGUGGAGGAGACGAACCUCUCCAGCUGCCUCACCUACAAUGUCUGUAAGAGCCUGCUCCCCCAGCUCCUCUUCUGCCAGAACCUCAGGCUGGACAAUAAUCAGUUCAAGGACAACGUGAUGGAGCUGCUGGGCAGCAUGCUGAGCGUGAAGGACUGCCAGAUCCAGAAGCUCAGCUUGGCAGAAAAUCAGAUCAGCAAUAAAGGAGCCAAAGCGCUGGCCAGGUCAUUGAUGGUGAACAGGAGCCUGACGGUGCUGGACCUGCGGAGCAACUCCAUCGGCCCCACUGGAGCAAAAGCACUGGCUGACGCACUGAAAAAGAAUCAAGUCCUGCUCUCCCUGAACCUGCAGCACAACGUCAUCAAGGAGGAUGGUGCCACCUUCCUGGCUGAGGCCCUGUUGACCAACCACAGGCUGACGACCCUGCACCUGCAGAAGAACGCCAUCGGAGCCCACGGUGCCAGGAAAAUCGCUGAGGCGCUGAAGCAGAACUGCAGCCUGAAGGAGCUGACACUCUCCAGCAACUCAGUAGGAGACAACGGCUCGGUGGCCUUGGCCGAAGCUCUGAAGGUGAACCACAGUCUGCAAAGCCUCGAUCUCCAGAGCAACUCCAUCAGCAGCACUGGGGUCACGGCACUGACACUGGGUCUCUGCGCCAACAAGGGACUCAUCAGCCUCAACCUGCGGGAGAACUCCAUCAGCAAGGAGGGGGGCCCUGCCAUUGCCCGUGCCCUGCGCACCAACAGCACCCUCAGGAAGCUGGACUUAGCGGCGAACCUGCUGUAUGACGAAGGCGGCAAGGCCAUCGCUUUAGCGAUGAAAGAGAACCAGGCGCUCACGUCCCUCCACUUGCAGUGGAACUUCAUCCAGGCAAAGGCUGCCACAGCCCUGGCACAAGCACUACAAUCCAACAGCAGCCUGGCCACCCUCGACUUGCAGGAGAACGCCAUCGGUGACGAGGGGAUGGCUGCCCUCUCCACCGCGCUGAAGGUCAACACAACCCUGUCAGAUCUCCACCUGCAGGUUGCUUCAGUUGGUGCAACUGGUGCCCAAGCCCUGGCAGAAGCCUUGAUGGUCAACAAGAGCCUACAGAUCCUGGACUUGCGGGGCAACUCCAUUGGCGUGGUGGGGGCCAAGGCAAUGGCCAAUGCACUGAAGGUGAACCGCAGCCUCCGCCGGCUCAACCUGCAGGAAAACUCCCUGGGCAUGGACGGAGCCAUCUGCAUCGCCACCGCUCUGAAGGGCAACCAUGGCCUCACCUAUGUGAACCUGCAGGGGAACCGCAUCGGCCAGUCGGGAGCCAAGAUGAUCUCUGACGCCAUCCGAACAAACUCGCCCGACUGUGUCGUGGACGUGUGAGGGUGCCUGGCUGCAGCGGGGAGACAGCCUGGUGGGUCCCUUCGGCUAAGGUGACUCUGCAGGGAGCUGCUCAGCCCUCCACACACCCAUCCUGGGGGAAAGAGCUGGGGCAAGGAGAGCUCCUGAGCUCCCCAGGAGGACCUGGGGCCUCCAGAUCAGCAGUGCAGGAGGUCGAGACUCACUACUAUUGAAAGCUGAGGGAUGUGUGACCACAUCCCUGUUCAUCCAGGCCCUGGGGGAGCUUCAAGGAAUGGGAGAAAUGCAAAAAGGAGGGAGGAGGGGCCAGAACUCGCAUACCAGCCCUUCGUGUUUUUGUGGGUGACUUAUCUGCCACACCAGCAGCAGUGACCCCUCCUGUGAUCUCUGCGGGGUGACAGCACUGUGCUCAGACCCCGCCCUGGAUGGGUGCAUCCCAACCACCCCGCAGCUCUGCUCUCAUCCCAGCCCGUGUCACUGUGGGCCAACGCUGCAGCACCCCAGGCAGGGCUCCGCUCCCCACACCUGCUUGUCUCUCUCUAGUUCUGGCAAGAAUCCUGGGAGAAGCAGGUGAAACACGGGCAGGAUUCACAGCAGCCCCUUCUCACCUGGCUGCGCACAGCUGGGCCCUGUGGGAUCCCCUGGAAAUCCCAGAGACAGACAUGAGGUUUGCAGUUUCCUUGCUCAGACGUGAGCCCUGCUCUGGACCAGGGCACUGCAGAGCAGCGUGACCUGUGCUGUUUGCCGUGCCCUUGGCAAUGGGUUGGUGCUGGCUGAGCCCAACGGAAGCAUUUGGUAGGGCUGUUCUCUGUCAAAGUCUCUGGGAAGAGACAGACGUCCCACAGCACAGGAGUGGAAGCAUCUAGAAAGCCCUUGGGAAAUAAAGAGCCCUCAGGAUAACAGGAGGAGGAGUGGGAGGGUGAAUGUAACAGGAAUAGCUCUGCACGCAUCCUGGUGCCACAGCAGGACUGCCUUAUCACCAAGUCCUGCCUCUCAAGUUUAGGUUGGAGUUCUUGCGUCUCCUGCUGUUGUCAUCCGUGACAAUCUGUGUGACCUUGGGCUCAUCUGCUCUGAUGAACACACACCAAAAUGAACUCUUCUAAUCAAGCACUGAUUUCUGUUCCUGUGAAGACAAAUUGUGACGCUAGAGCAGAGCUAAAAGGAAAGAGGCAGCACACUAGACAAAGUGCAGCUUUUGCGUUCCCCUGAAUAGACUGAUGCCAUCAGUGAAAGUGUAACUUGCUGAACAAAAGCCUGACUUUUGGCCCACUUGAAUGCCUGAACCUUGGUCCACCCCAGAAGUACCAGUAUAAUUAAAGGGCUCAUUUCUUAC